CAGCGCAGAGUGCGGCACAGUGGCCGCUGUCAGGAUGGCCAUGGUGAGGGGUGCACGGCGGCCACCUGAGUGGCGCGGCGGUGUCAGGUUCUUGCUCAAGUACCAACUCUAUGGACCCAGGACAGAGCAAGCAAAGAAGAUGGAUCGAUUGAAGAGCCAUCUGACUGUGUGCUUUCUACCUUCUGUGCCCUUUUUAAUCCUAGUUUCCACUCUAGCCACUGCUAAGAGUGUGACUAACAGCACUUUAAACGGCACUAACGUGGUCUUGGGCUCUGUGCCCGUAAUCAUUGCCAGAACUAACCAUAUCAUAGCCAAGGAAGGGAACGGUGCCUUGAUUAAUUGUAGUGUUUAUGGCAUCCCUGACCCACAGUUCAAGUGGUAUAAUUCCAUUGGCAAGCUGAGGAAAGAAGAAGAGGAUGAGAAGGAGAGAGGAAGAGGAAAAUGGCAAAUGCACGACAGCGGCCUCCUGAACAUCACCAAGGUAUCCUUCUCAGACCGAGGUAAAUACACAUGCGUGGCUUCUAACAUCUACGGCACCAUGAACAACAUGGUGACCUUGUGCGUCAUCUUCACCUCUGGUGACAUGGGUGUCUACUACAUGGUUGUGUGCCUGGUGGCCUUCACCAUCGUCAUGGUCCUCAAUAUCACCCGCCUGUGCAUGAUGAGCAGCCACCUAAAGAAGACCGAGAAGGCCAUCCAUGAGUUCUUUAGGAUCGAAGGUGCAGAGAAGCUGCAGAAGGCAUUCAAGAUCGCCAAGCGCAUCCCCAUCAUCACCUCCGCCAAAACUCUAGAGCUUGCCAAAGUCACCCAGUUCAAAACCAUGGAGUUCGCCCGCUACAUCGAAGAGCUUGCCAGGAGCGUGCCUCUGCCACCUCUCAUUAUGAACUGCAGGACUAUCAUGGAGGAGAUUAUGGAGGUGGUUGGGCUGGAGGAGCAGGGGCAGAAUUUUGUGAGGCAUACUCCAGAGGGUCAGGAGGCCGCAGACAGGGAUGAGGUCUACACAGUCCCCAACUCUCUGAAGCGGAGCGACUCCCCCGCCGCUGACUCGGACGCCUCAUCACUGCACGAGCAACCUCAGCAAAUUGCCAUCAAGGUGUCAGUUCACCCGCAGUCCAAAAAAGAGCAUGCAGAUGACCAAGAGGGUGGACAGUUUGAAGUCAAAGAUGUAGAGGAGACAGAACUGUCGGCUGAACAUUCCCCCGAAACUGCAGAACCUUCUACCGAUGUCACGUCCACCGAGCUAACAUCUGAAGAGCCAACACCUGUUGAGGUACCAGAUAAGGUACUGACGCCAGCUUACCUGGAAGCCACAGAGCCAGCAGUGACACAUGACAAAAACAUCUGCAUUAUUUACGAAAGCCAUGUCUAAUACCAACCCCGAAAAUCUAUGCAUAUCAAGAA